AUUCACAAAACUUUCGCAUUCGACUUUUGGGGACUCUGCUAAUCGCAUUUCAUUGGAGGAAUCCAAUAAUCCACCCAUCUUUUACGUUUUCAUAAAAAACCCAGAUCUCUCUGUUUCACUAUCGCUCUCCUUUACCUUCAUAUGAUUUAUUUUCUAUCUCAAUGUCCGUUGAUUAAUUUCAAACUGAUAUUUGAAAUCUCUCUUUGAUUCAAAUGUCUGUUAUUCGUUUUCUCGACGAUUGAUUUUAGAUAAAUUUUCCGUAGCUAUCGUCAAUUUUGUCUUCGAAGCAAAAUUUGAAGUUGAUUUACCAAGAGAAUUGCGUCAUCUUUAAUGGCAUCUUCAAGCGAAGCCAAUGUAACCGAACAAGAGGAAGAAGAGGAAAUUGAACACUUCAAUGAUUUCACUCUGGCUUCUUCAUGGGAAAGGUUCAUAUCUGAAAUAGAGGCUACCUGUCGGCAUUGGUUAGCUGAUGGUCCAAAAAAAUUGCUGGAAAAGGGAGCAGUUCAUCUGGAUUCAUCUGAUAACAUAUAUAAGGUCAAAUCCGACCUGAAAAAUGCUGCAAAAGUCUAUUCCAUGGAGUACUACUUUGUUUUGAUUGGCACAGGCAAAAUUGCUGAUUGGAAUUCCACUUUGCAUGAUUUGCAGCUUUGCUUUGGAGUAAAGGAAUUUUUGGUGAUUUCACCUCAAAGUGCCAGUGGUGUGGUACUUGAUUCGGCAGAGGCUACCAAGCUUCUAAGUGCAGUUUCAAUUGCUUUGUCAAAUUGUUCAAGUUUGUGGCCGGCAUUUGUCCCUGUCCAUGCCCCUUCAAGACGAGCCUAUGUUGGAAUCCAAAAUAUGGGAACAAUUUUUACUAGAAGGUUUGAGGCUGAUCGUGUUGGUAGCCAGGUUCCCAUUAAGUUAAUGCACCUGGAAGGAUUGUAUGAGUUGUUUGUUUCUAAGUUUGCUUACUGCACAUCAGACCAUUCAAUGCAUAUUUUCAAAGUACAUCUUAGAAUGAAACUCACCUAUCGAACACUUCCCAAUGAUGAGGACAGUGACAAUGAUAUCCAAGAAGCUGAUGCUGAAAAUGCAUAUUCUGAAACAAGCGUAGGUGGUGAUAAUCUCAAUAGGAAGCAUUGGGAUGAUGAUUGCCCUUGGAAUGAAUGGUAUUCUGCAGAAGAUCCAGUAAAGGGAUUUGAUUUAGUGGCCACUUUUUCGGAAAAGGUGGUUGAAAGCUCCUUGGAAAUGGCUGAACUGGAAAAUGUUUCACCCCAUGAAGCUGAGAACUGGAUUCUAGCUCCAAAUUUGUCCCCAAAUCUUGAUAGUUCAAAAGGAGACAGAACCGGAUUUGCUUCUCAGUUGCAGCUUUUGGUUAAUGCAUGGGAAAUAUCAUUUGGAGUUCCAUUUAUGGAGGAUUUUGUGUCAGUUAAAACUCCUGGUUCAGACAAUUUGAAGUCCUCUAUGGUUAUACCGCCACCAACUGUCCUUGACCGUGUGCUUAAUGAUCUCUUCCCUGAGGGUCUCCAGUUACCUGAUUUUGCUAAAGAACAUAAGAGUUCUCAAGCUAUUAAAGGGGCACCUCUUGAGUCUCUUUUUGCUCAGUUUUGUUUACACUCAUUAUGGUUCGGCAAUUGUAACAUUCGUGCCAUUGCUGUGCUCUGGAUAGAGUUUGUUCGAGAAAUCCGCUGGCAUUGGGAAGAGUCACAACCAUUGCCUAAAAUUCCAGUCAAUAGUUCUAUUGACCUGGCAACUUGUUUGAUCAACCAAAAGCUACAAAUGCUUGCAAUAUGUAUUCAGAAGAAGCGUGAACAAAAUGAGGAGCUUGAAAACGGUGCUGGAAGUAAGAGCAAUGCAUCUGCAAAUAUGGAGAAAAUGCAGGAAGACAUUAAAGUUGGGGAGGGGUCUUCUAGUUUUCAUGCCAAAAGUCAAGCCAUUGAUGGGAAACGUGACAGUCUCUCGACUCCAGAAGAUUUUAAUGUAUCUAAAACAGCUGUAUCAAAGUUCAAUGCAAAUUCUCAAGAUGUGCAUUCUGCUGAUAAAACCUGUUCAAAUUCUAUUAGAAGAGGAUCAUCUGGUCCUGUGGGGUCUAUGAAGCUUCUGAAAUUGUGUCAGAGUUUGCAUGCUCCAUUAACACAGAGUGCACCACUCAUGACAGAAGACAUGCAUGAAGAACGACUUCAUGCUGUUGAGGCCUUUGGUGAUUCAUUUAACUUUUCUGCACGGUUGGAGAGAGAGACGUUAUCUUCAGACAUGUCAGCUUUUAAAGCUGCAAAUCCUGAUGCGGUUUUCGAAGAUUUUAUCCGGUGGUAUUCACCUGGAGAUUGGGAGAAUAAUGAAAGUGAGGCAAAUGGUCCAUCCACAAAUCUAGAGGGUGUGACGGAUGAAUGGCCUCCUCGAGGACGACUUUCACAACGGAUGUCUGAACAUGGUAACUUUUGGAGAAAGAUUUGGGAUGACGCUCCCAUUUUGCCAGCUUUUGAGCAGAAACCACUGCUGGAUCCAAACCGAGAAGGAGAGAAGAUCCUUCAUUACCUGGAAACUGUGCGACCACAUCAGCUGCUUGAGCAAAUGGUUUGUACUGCCUUCAGAGCAUCAGCUGACACUCUGAGCCAGACAAAUUUUGGAAGCUUGAAGAAGAUGAACAUGGAAAUGGACCAACUCUACCUGACUAUGGCAUCUACGUUAAGGUCUUUGCAAGUGAACCUAUCAUCUAAUGUCAGUAAGACUUUUGAAGACGUCCGUCGGCUUUGUGUCGUCUUUGAACAUGUCGAGAAGUUGUUAACACUUGCUGCUUCUCUUCAUCGUAAAUUUAGACAAGAACCACGUAUCGUACAUGCCAUUUUCAGUGACUUCUACUACUUUUACUUUCCAACCAUGGAAACAGGCUCUGUGGAUGUAUUUACUGAGAAGGAAUUUGACAUGAAGUUGCAACUAAGGCAGGAUGAGAGACAAGUUGUGUCGAAUAUGUUCACGCCGCCCACCGCUAAUCAGUCGUGGAGAAAGGUUCUAAGCAUGGGCAAUCAUCUUAAUGGCCAUGAACCGAUCAUGAGGGAGAUCAUCUUUACAAUGUCCGAUAACUCCAGUGGCAAUCAAUACACAAGCAGCAGUCCCAGGGAUUAUGAACACGAAAUAGAAACAUAUCGGAUGUAUACAUGUGGAACCUCAAAUGAUCUUCGGGUAGCACUUGCUGUCACCUCAUAUGAUUAAAUUCCAUUUCAAGUAAUAUAUUUUAGUAUAAAUUGAUUCGUAGUUGUUUGUGCCUUUA